GACCCACAAGCACACGCACGCUACGGGCCCCACUCGCUGCUGUGCUUGCCAAUCCGCCCACCCUCCCUAGACAGCAAUAGAGAGGGAGAGAAAGGUGCAGCAGGACCAUGACGUACCAGACGAUGGAGAACGCAAACGACGGCAUGCCGCUGCUGCGAGAGAAGGGCUCUGCCGUCGAUGUGGUCGAGGAGGGCGGCAUCGAUGAGAUCGAUGGGACCAGUACUACUUCUCGACGAAGCCGAAAGGGGGCGGCGCUUGGUUUGAUCGUGCUUGCCUUGGGAGCUGUCUCCGCGUUGUCAGCCCUCGGGGGGAAGCCUUCGUCUCAGAGCGCGGCAGCAACAGGCGCGGCGGCCGCGACCAAGCUGUCCGCCGCGGCUCCCGGCGGCAGCGACCACGGCGAGUUCAGAUUGUCUCCGAAGGCGGCCGAAGUGCGUUCCUCGCCGCGUCUGUCUGAGCUCUCGGACCAGGAGCUCGAAUCCCUCUUUCAGGAGUUCGGCAUCAAGUUCGAGAAGAGCUACGAGAACGACGACGAGAAGGCCAUGCGGUUCGAGGUCUUCAAGAGAAAUCUCAAGCGCAUUGACGAGAGAAACUCCAAGAGCCUGGGUGUGAAGUACGAUGUGACGAUGUGGACCGACCUCACGCACGAGGAAUUCAAGGGAUACCAGAACUACGGAAAGAUCUCAGACGAGGCGAAGGAGGUGGCGAGAUCGAAGGCCAUGUCGACGAAAGACGCUUCGGAUAUGUACGAGUCCUGCCAGUCUUGCACCCGGUUCCCGGAGCUGGAGCAGUACAUCACCGGUGACCUCCCCACCGAGUUCGACUGGAGAGACUACGGGGCCGUCACCCCUGUCAAGAACCAGGCGUACUGCGGGUCCUGCUGGACCUUCAGCACGACAGGCUGCCUGGAGGGGGCGUGGUACCUCUCGGGACACCCUCUCGAGUCCCUGUCGGAGCAGCAGCUGGUGGCCUGCGACACGUCCUACAACCAGGGCUGCAACGGCGGCUGGCCCAGCAUCUCGAUGGACUACAUCAGCAAGAACGGCGGCAUCGUGCCGGAGUCCAUCUACCCUUACCGGAAGGUGUUCAUGAACGGUCACCUGGGAGACCCGGUAUGCUCGGACGUUGUGAAGGAAGGUAACUACGCGGCCACCCUCGCGAUCGAGGUCGCUCUCGCCGAAGACUCUAUGACCGAGGAGGCCAUGGCCCGAUGGCUCAUUCUUAACGGCCCCCUCUCGGUGGCGCUCGACGCCAUGGGCAUGGACUACUACUCCGAGGGUAUCGACAUGGGAGAGUACUGCGAGCCCCUCGAGAUCGACCACGCCGUCUUGAUCGUGGGCUACGGGGAGGAAGACGGUGUCAAGUACUGGAUCAUCAAGAACUCUUGGAAGUACUUGUGGGGAGAGAGGGGCUACUACCGUCUUGUACGAGGCGUGAACGCCUGCGGGAUUGCGGACGAUGUCACCACCAUCAUCGUGGCGGACGCUACGGUCGAAUAAAUUGAAACACCUGCGACACGCAAGAAGAAAGUUAUUUUCUUCUGGAGAGUGGGGGGCUUCUUGGCUUGAAAAUGUUCUCACGAACGGGCGUUCAAUGCCUCUCGCGGUCGCGGCCCACCCAGCAGCUGUGUGACGUGAUUGUUUGUUUUGGUGUUGUUUCAUUCUCCGUUUGCUUUUUUUGUGUAUGUUGGGAUAUGCACGGAUGUUUCGUCCGGCUUGGCUUGACGGGCUCUUCUUGGUUUGAAAACCAGCUGCUUUGUAGCCUGUUUUUGGUACCCACAGGAGGAGGAGGGCGGGAGGGAAAACGGACUGGUUGACGCUUUUGCUUUCCCACGGAGUUUUGUCACUGGUAGGUGCAGCCCAGGGUUGUCCUGUGAGAUGGCCGAAUAGAAUCGGCGACCACGUGUGUUGGCAACUGAGGGGCUGUCAGCAAGCUAUGGUUCGGGCGAGGGACGGGCGGGCGUUUCGAAGCGUUCCACCGCUGCCGUAUUCUACUAGACUUGAGAGAAGAGUCUGUCAAAAACAUUUUGUAACAGGCGGGGGGGUUCGUGUCCCGUGGUCUCGUGCACCAUCACAUGCAGGAGACAGAGGUAGAAAUGCUUGUACUAGCAGCCUUGGAACACGCCCAUUGCUGCCUUUCGGCACAUACCGAAACGGUGUGUGCAUUCUACCCGUAUUGUGUUCGUCUCUCUUUGGUGUAUGUUAUUUUGGGGGAAUAUUUUUAGUCUGUUGAAUGUAUUUCGCUUGUUGAUUUUUCCCUUCCGAGGAAACACAAGAUUGUGAGGCCUUCCGGCAUGUGCUCUGCCCGCGUUUGCGAUUCGAGUUCGUGCACACGGUUGUGGCAGACUUGAGCAAUAACUGCAUGGGCACCGCCAAGAUGCGGUGAGAGCCUCACAUACGCCGGCCGGUUUUUGGUCUUCAUUUUUUUUUUGUGAGCUCUUGCUCGGGUAACUCGUUUAUCUAUCGCGUGUAAUAUUUGCGUCUUGUGCUCAUAGUCUGGGGUAUGUGAUGCUCGGUAUCAAGGAAGGCACGAGUAUAAAGCGGCAACCCGCGUGCAUAAUCUCAUGUGCAUGGAUUUUGUUGGUUGGAGACCAAGCUGUUGGUGUGGUUGAAAAGGCUGUGCAGCAGUCUUGCGGCCCGUUGCAACGAAAGAUGGUUCCUUUGUCUUUGUGAUUUCGUCUGCCGCCGUGAUGGUGGUGUAACGAUGAGCUGUUGUCGUUGGGGACUGAAAAUAUGGCUACCCGUAUACCCCCGGAAUUAGUCUUUAGUCGUGGUCGUGGAAGUACUGGAAGCCAUCAACCCCACGACUGAGACGGUCAUCCGUUAACGUUAACAUCAUGAGAAAUUUCUUGU